UUGAAAUUCCAAACCGGAUGUUUUGCCUGGGUUUUGGUUAGCGUAGCUCUGAAGUUUUAGCAUGCAGACUCCGAGCUGCAGUCCGGCUAACGUGUGUGAAAUAAGGAGCAGAGGCUGAAACCACAAAGAGGUUUUAGUUUCUAAACUUUUCGCUGUUUGAAGAUGUUUUCAUCUGUCUGGAAUUUUAUCAAACGACACAAGAAGAAAUUUAUUUUCACCGGAGCUGCGGUCGGAGGAGUUUACCUGCUCAGUAAAUAUGCCCAGAAGAAGAUCAAGGAGGUCCAGGAGAAGGAGGCGAGCGAGUACAUAGCCCAGGCCAGAAGGCAGUUCCACUUCGAGAGCAACCAGAGAACCUGCAACAUGACGGUUCUGUCGAUGCUUCCUCCGCUCAGAGAGGCCAUCGUCACUCAGCUCAACUCCGAGAGUCUGACGGCGAUGCUGAAAACAAAACCAGCCAACAAGCUGGAGAUCUGGGAAAACUUAAAGAUCAUCAGCUUCACCCGGACCGUCGUGGCCGUCUACAGCACCUGCAUGCUGGUGGUUCUCCUCAGGGUGCAGCUCAACAUCAUCGGGGGAUACCUGUACCUGGACAACUCUGUGGGGAAGAGCGCUGCGAGUCCUCUGACGCCUCCAGAUGUCCAGCAGCAGUACCUGUCCAGCAUCCAGCAUCUCCUAGGAGACGGGCUGACGGAGCUGAUCUCCAGGGUUAAGACGGCAGUGCAGAACUCCCUGGGCGGGGUGUCUCUGAAGCAGAGUCUGUCCCUGCUGGAGCUGGAGCAGCAGCUGAUCUGGAUCCGAGCCGAGGUGGACUCUGGACGGCCGCUGUCCUCCUACAUGCUGGCGGACGAUGAGGAAGUCCUCGCCGACCAGGCGUGCGGCUUAACGGAGAAGGACCUGGUGACCAUCAGACUGCUGAACGAGACCAGAGACAUGCUGGACAGUCCAGAUCUGAGCAAAGUUCUCGGCGCCUGUCUGAACCGCGGCUUCUCUCGUCUCCUUGACAACCUGGCCGAGUUCUUCCGGCUUCCUGUCAGUGACUCCGCCCCCGACAGCGCCCCCACAGGCCAGGAGGGGAACAGGCUGCUCACAGGGUUUGGUUGGUUUGACGAUCCGGAAAUGGAGCAAAUGUUGAAGUUUUGGUCUCUAAUCGAACAGAGUCUACCGGAUCAGGAGGGUAAAACAUGACAGGCGACUUUGGGAACGCUGAAUCUCAAAUAAAAACUUUGAUUCCUCUGCAAAUCAUUUUGUUCUUUCAAAGAGACAAAAUGAUUUCUGCAGGUCUGUCUUUGAUCAAACUGACUUCAGAUCAUUCCCAUCAAGUUUUGACACUUUUGGUUUUUGCAGUUUCAUCUCUCAACAUUUUGGAUUUCCUGAAGACAUCCCUUCUGUGGAUCCAGGGUUGAGUUAUUUGAGCUUUUAAUCCAGGAUCACAUUUUCAGUGCAAAAACAGCUAAAAGGUUGCUCCAACACGGAGCAUAUUGCACAAGUUGACGUCUGUAAAGAAAUGCGUAGAGGAAACGAGUGAUUGUUUUCAUGGCUUCCCUGGAAUCUGAGGGAGGCAGUUCACCAGAGUUCAGUUUCACUUUGAAGGAGCGGAGCAGCUCCCACCAGCAGACGUCUUUAUCUGAUCCAACACAUUUCAGGGCAUGUUUUCAGCAGCGUGGCGAUCCCAGAGCAAAAUCUGCUCCCAAACGGGAACGCUUUACCGGAACAGCCAGGGUUCCAGUCAGCCGCUGGGAGUGGAGCAACUUCCAGAGGAGAGCAGGCAGAGUUCUCACAUGUGAAAUCGGACAGGUUUUCCUGGCGUAACGCCGCAGCACACCUCCACACCGCAGGAACAAAAGAACCAAACAUGACGAAACAAGAAGAACGCUGGGAGGAAGUUCAGGUUUGUUCAGGUUUCUACCCAACAGAGAGCGGCUCGGGAUG